CAUAAUUAGUAUGAGAGAGAGAGAGAGAGAAAAUUGUUCAUUUAAAUAAUUAAACUGUAUAGACAGUGAGUGUGAAUGUGAGUGUAUGUGUUAGAGAGAGAGAGAGAGGAAGAAGAAGAAGGCAUCAUCAUAAUCAUCAACAUCAAAAGAAGAAGAAUAUUAGUAAGUGUUAUUGAUAGGAUCUUAGUUAUGGCAUUCACACUAGAAGAGAGGAGGAGUAGUAACAUUGAAGAGGAGGAAAACAUGAAUAAGAUGAAGAAGAAGAUUAUGAUGAUGAUGGAUUCAUCAUCACAAAAGAAGUUACCAUCAUCAUCAUCAUCAUCAUCAGUGCCAGCACCAUUCCUGACAAAGACAUACCAACUAGUUGAUGAUCCUAUGACUGACCACAUAGUGUCAUGGGGUCAUGAUGGUCAUUCCACAUCAUCAUCAUUUGUUGUUUGGAGACCUCCUGAAUUUGCCAGAGACCUUCUUCCCAACUAUUUCAAACACAACAACUUCUCCAGCUUUGUUAGGCAACUCAAUACCUAUGGAUUCAAGAAGGUAGUUGCUGAUAGAUGGGAAUUUGCAAAUGAAUAUUUCAGAAAAGGAGCAAAACAUCUUCUAUGUGAAAUCCAUAGAAGAAAAACCCCUCAUCAUCAUCAUCAUCAUCAUCAAGAGAAUAAUAAUGAAGGUCUAUGUUGGAUUGAUUCUUCUACAACUCCUACUACUAUUCCUUCUAUUCCUACUUCAUUAUUACUACCUUCUCCUAAAUCACCAUCAUCUUCUUCAUUAGGAGGAGCCACUAAUAAUAGUGAUCAUCAACAUAAUCAUAUCUUAGCAGCACUUUCUGAGGAUAAUCAAAGGCUAAGGAGAAAGAACUUGAUGCUCUUAUCUGAACUAACUCACAUGAAGAAUCUCUACAAUGAUAUCAUAUACUUCAUCCAAAACCAUCUCAAACCUGCUUCUUCUCCCUUUCAUCAUAAUCAAACAACUAUUCCAAAGCUUGUGGAGUUGGAUUAUUCAUCACCAAAGGGGAGUAGAAUGAUGAUGAGUAUUAGUGAUGAUGAUGAUGAUUACAAUAAUAAUAAUUGUAGUUCUUCUUCAGUGAAGCUCUUUGGUGUUCCUCUUGGUGGUAAAAAGAGAUUACACCCAGAUAAUAUUUUUCAACAAGAUUAAUCCUUUAUUAUUAAUUAGUUUAGGGUGUACUUUUAUGAUCAUUAAUUGU